AUGGAAGAUGUUGAUGGAACAAAAAAUCGUCUCAUCCAAGUCACCGAAGCAGACUUCACAGCUGAUUUCAUAUCUACUGAAGAUGAGACUCGUCCUGACAAAGCGAAGGAAAAUUCCGAAAGGCCACUCUCUCCACUUAAGCCAGGUCAGGCAAGGGCACCACCUGACGACCAUGUAGAAUUAGAAUCAAUCGCUGAGGAAGUUGUCAAAGACACACCUGAGAAAAAAGAUGGUGACCUGGAAGUUGAAGACCUGGAGGAAGAUGAAUGGAAGAUGGAAGAACAAAUACCUUCCAAAGAUAUCGAAGAUGGCGCUGUUGAACCUGCACAGGAGAGAGUCGAUGAUGUUGACCCUCAGAUUGGUCAAACGGAGAAAGUUAAUAGCAAGAAUGCAAAUCGUUGCAAAUCACAAGAACUUGAAGAGGGGAAAGAGGAGGGGAAUCAGAGUAAAAGUGAAAAGAAUUCUGACUUCAUGGAAGACAAAGAGCUUGACCUCAUGAUAGCAGAUAUAAUGUCAGACACGGCAGAUGUUGCAAAGCAUAGCCCCCAUGUUCCAUUGAAUUCUGCAUCAGAACAAAUAAAAGCCAUUGAACCUGUAGAGGGUCUGAAUGAACGGUACAGUGAGCAUUUAGCAUCACUGCCCAAGCCAAUAGACACAGAUACAGCGGAAGUCAUGGAGAAGGAUAAAGAUGCAGAGAAAACUGCGGAAGUUCAUGAAAGAUGUAGUGUCUGUCUGGCAACUGCACCACUUCCAACGUCAACAGAGGGGGGGAAGGUAAUGGGUGAAACUACCGAUGUGUCACUGGACGGAAUAGCAGAAACUGCAGAGAAGACCACCAUGGGGACAGAAGCAAAAGAUGACUUACAUGAAGCAUGUAGUGUAUGCCUGGCAACUGCACCACCACCUACUUCUACUGAAGCAAUUGAUCCAGAGAAAGAUACCAGACAGACAGAACAUAUUGAGGCUUUAUCAAGUGAUACAGGGGCAGAAAAUGAACAUCAGAUAACAGAAAUGCAUGAAACAUGCAGUGUCUGUUUGGCAACGUCACCACCUUCAGCAGAAACAACUAAUGUAAACGAAACAAAGACAGAAGAAACAGAGCUUGUUGAAGUUCCUUUAAGUGAUGUAGCAGAAGAAAAUACUACACCGAAGGAAAGCAAUGACCAAGAAGAAGUACAUGAAGUAUGCAGUGUCUGUCUCGCAACAGUUCCUCCUACAAAUGUCCUUGAAGAUGAUCAUGGUGAAUCAACGGGCAAGACGGAAGCUGCUGAAGGUUCAUCAUCAUUGACACCAGCAGACACUGAGCGAAAGGAAUGUAAUGAAAAAGAAGCAGAAAUACAUGAAACAUGUAGUGUUUGUUUGGCAACAGCUCCUGCGACAAGAGUUGCCGAAGAAGAAAGCACUGAAACAGAGAAAACCGUAGAUGGUGAAUCUUCCUCAGCAAAUACCAACAGAGAGGGUACUGCAGUGAAUCCUGAAACAGAGCCGGAAGAAAACCCAGGUGAAAUGAAAGUGACUGGAAAUCUAGUUGAUUCUACAACAGAUAUGGAUAUCAGUAAGGUCACUCAGGAGGUGGGCAAUGAGAUACAUGAAGCAUGCAGUGUAUGUUUGGCAAAAACACCUCCCACUUUUCCGGCUGUUGACAUCGAGGACCCUUCCAAGGGUGAUGCAGAAGAGAUAGAAGUAGGAAAAGGUGUAAAUCAAACAUGCUUGGCAAGUGAACCUUCUGAAAAAGAAGAUGGAGAAUUUAACGAAGCUGGAAGCAUCUGUUCAGCCACUGACAUAGCUUCAUCUGUAAAUACAGGUGAAGUUCCUGAAGAGGUGAUAAAUCCCUUGGGAACUGAGCAAUUGCCUGAAGUUCUAACAUUACACAAUGGUGCAGCGAACAAUAGGGAGGGGAUAGGUGAAGUCCAUGAAACAUGUAGUGUUUGUUUGGCCACAGGAUCCUCACCAGACUCUGCAACAGAUGGGAAUGACAAGACUACUAAAGAUAUUUCGGCAGAGGAUAUUCCCAAAAUGAUUGAAUCUUCCCUUGAUACAACUCAGGACACGACAGAUGCUGUUACUGCCAACAUAAAUUCUGAUGAACCCCUUCCACAAGAGACUACAGAUGAAAACACGCCAAAUUCAGACAGAACAGAAGCCCAGGCUAAUGUAAUUGAAGAAUGUGACAACCCAGUGGCUAAGGUGUCUUCACAAGUUGCAAAAGAUGAAAAUCCUACAGAGUCAACUGAAGAAACUACAGGAGAAAGAACUGAAUCCUCAACGUUUAAAGACAGAGAAGACAGUACAGAGGCAACUAAACCUCAAUCCAUUAAGGAAGAUACUGCACAGGCUUCCAAGCCUGCUACAGCAGCGCAAGGCACUGCGAUGGAACCUCCUACCAAUGAAGAAGGGGAAGGUGCUACAGGAGGAGAGGAGUCUCCAGCCACUGCACCUGAGGGAAAUCCAGAGGAUAAGAAAGUGGCAAAGACUGCUCCACCUGAAGACACAGCAGUUCCUGUUGAAUGUCCACCCAUAACUACAGGGUGCCGCGAAAAGACAAAUAAAUCAGAAUUACAAGAUGAAACAGUAAUUGACGACAAUGCAAAAGAGGAAGUUCAUCAAACAUGCAGUGUCUGUUUGGCAACCAGUCCUGAGAAAGAAGUUACAGAAGAGGUACAGCAGGCUGUCGAAAUCAGAGAUGCUGCGAAAGUACAUGAAGCAUGCAGUGUCUGUUUAGCUACUGCACCUAUGACACCAAAUAUACAGAAAGAACAAUCUGAACAGAAAAUCAAAGAAGGUACAACAGAAGAAAUUCAUGAAACUUGCAGUGUAUGUCUGGCAGCUGAAAGUCCCACAACUCAAGAAGUGGCUACCAUGGACAAACCUGGUGACAAACGAGUAGUAGAGGUGCAUGAAAUAUGCAGUGUUUGUAUGGCUACAGUGAAUGCUCCAUCAGUACCAGCUGAAUCAGCUCCUUCAGAGCAACUUUCCAGAGCCCCUGAGGUAAUUCCUCCAGUAUUGGUAGAAGAUGAGAAUCAAACUUCAGAGACAGUUAUUGAGGUCCAUUACAUAGAAGACAUACAUGAAACCUGUAGUGUCUGUACAGCCACUGGCUCUGCUGCUCCUGACGAAAGUAAGAACAGCAGCAAUAGCAAAGUUACCAAAGUUCAACAAGCUCAGGAUGAUAUGCCAGGAACCCCAGAUAUCAGCACAGAAGAAGGAAGUGCUGUAAAUGCGCAGGAGAUACAGGAUGACAAUGUCCUCCUCUCAUCUUCUCCCAAGGUAGCUUCAUCAACAAACCAAGUCGAAAGUGAUGACUUUGCAGGAGGGAGUAACCAACCCAACAUUCCUUCAGGUCCAACAAAGGAUAUAAGUAAAGAAACAGAAGACCAAGGUGCAGAAGCUGAAACUAUGGUGAAUGACAAGAAAAUAGAUGAUGUUGAGGACAGGGCCACAGAGUCAAGCAUCCCAGAAACUCGUACAAAGCAAGGAAUCCAGAGUGUUCCUGUAGAACUUCCAGGAAAUUCCGAAGAUAUUCAUGUUGCAGAUGAAGAGGAAAAUACUGCGCGAGCAGAAACUGUUGGAGACACCAGAGGGCCUGAAAGCUCAGAAGCAUCGGCUGCAGAGCAAUCCUUAGAUCCACAAGCUAUAAAAGUCAGUGCCUGA